UCUAUCUUUCUCUCGAAAGAGAGAAAAUGGCGAUCUCUUUCGCCUCCUCCUCCUCUUCCCCUUUCUCCACUUUAUCACUAUCAAGGAAGCCUCUUCCUUUCUCUUGUUCUCUCCCAAAAUCGCCAAUCAAAACCAAGAAAUUCAAUGCUAGGAUCAUUGCAUUUGCAUACAAAGCUGCAGGGUUGAAAUCGAAGCAGAAGAUUCAGAAGAUUAACGAAGAGGUUUCCCCACACCGAGCUGUGUCUGCUGUGAGGUUGUUGAGGAUUGAGCAGGGCGGGGCGUUUGCUGACUUGUUGAGUGAAAAGGGGCGGGGCGCAGCGGAGAAUGAGAUGGCCUAUGUUGAACGGACGCUUGGGUUUCGCACGAGGGAUUUGGAAGAUAGAGAUCUUAGGCUUGUGACAGACAUUGUUGGAGGAGCUGUUCGCUGGAGGCGCCUUCUUGAUCAUCUUAUUUUAUCUCUAUGUCAUGAAGAGCGGACAUUUAGAGAGAUGGAACCACUUCUGUUGCAGAUUCUUCGAAUUGGGUUUUUUGAGAUAGUAAAGCUAGCCAUGCCUCCAUAUGCCGUUGUUGAUGAGAAUGUUAGGCUUGCUAAAGUUGCUCUAAGGCCUGGUGCUGGAAACAUGGUGAAUGGAAUUUUACGUAAAUUAGUUUUGCUUAAGGAAACCAAUUCACUUCCACUCCCUAAAAUAGAAGGUGAUGCCCGUGCUCAAGCCCGAGCUCUUGCUGUUAUUCAUUCUCAUCCAGUUUGGAUGGUUAGAAGAUGGACAAAUUUUCUUGGCCAAGAAGAAGCCAUAAAACUAAUGAAUUGGAAUAAUGGUGAUCCAAGAUUUUGCCUCAGAGUAAACACUAGUAGAGGAUAUACAAGGACUGAUCUUGUAGAAAAAUUGGAAAUGUUGAAGGUUCCACAUGAGCCCUCUCCAUGUAUGGAUGAUUUUGUCCGUGUACAAACCGGGUUGCAGACAGUUAUACAAGCUGGGUUACUGAGAGAAGGUGUUUGCUCUGUUCAGGAUGAGAGUGCAGGCUUGGUGGUUUCUGUGGUGGAUCCACAGCCAGGGGAGACUAUAGUAGAUUGUUGUGCUGCACCUGGUGGGAAAACUCUUUACAUGGCAUCACGUCUAAGAGGCCAAGGUAUGGUCGUAGCAAUUGAUUUAAAUAAAGGACGCUUGCGAAUUCUAAAAGAAACUUCCAAGUUACAUAAUUUGGAUGGUGUUAUCACUGCUAUCCAUUCUGACCUGCGGCUAUAUUCUGAGAAAACUAAUUUAAAGUUUGAUAAAGUUCUAUUGGAUGCUCCUUGUUCUGGACUUGGUGUUCUUUCCAAGAGAGCAGAUUUGCGAUGGAAUAGAAGCUUAGAAGACUUGGAGCAAUUGAUGGAUUUACAGGAUGAACUUCUACAUGCAGCUUCACGGUUGGUGAAGCCGGGUGGCAUUCUAGUCUACAGUACCUGUUCCAUUGAUCCCGAAGAAAAUGAAGAGAGGAUUGUUACGUUUCUUCGCAGACAUCCGGAAUUUGCCAUAGAUCCUGUUGACCGAUAUGUUCCUCCAGACUUCACAACAAAGGAAGGCUUUUAUCGUUCAAACCCGGUCAAACAUUCAAUCGAUGGAUCUUUUGCAGCUCGCCUGGUUCGGUCCUUGAACCAGGAAAACCCAGCAACCAAAAAGUAAUUCAAACUUCACAUUGACACUAAAAUACAUCAAAGGCUAUGAAAAUCCAUGCAUAUUAAUAUGCAGAAGCAGAUAUCAGGAAUGAUUGAAUAUGGUGAUCAUGGCAUACACUGAGAGUUUCUGAACAUGAAGUUCAUCUGUUCAAUCAUGGCCUUGUACUGCAAUAAGUUGAUGGAAUAAUAGAGAUUUCAUGAGGCUAAUGUUCACUGGCUACAAAACUUGCAGUUAAAUUAACUGUUGCAAUGAUGUUUUCAGUUUUUAUGUUUUUGUUUUCUGUGAUUGUAUCUCAAAAAAUUACUACUUUUGAGCCAUUGACUCUGUUGUCUCUGGUGUAGUGUCAGAUUGCUCUUGUAUAUACAAAUGUAUGACUUGUAAUUUAUUAUUACAAUUUUAUUUUGGAUGGCAUUAGGGAUGCAAGUGGACC